UAAAUUUAAUAACCAAAACAGAUCGCGAUCUUCGUUCUUGGUUCGCAGGAAGAUUUCUGGUCGAUGGAAGGCAGAUUUAUGUACGCGGUUCGUCUUCGUCCCCGUCUCCGUCUCCUCGUCACCGUGGAAGUAAGGUCUCGGUUCUCAAUCCAAUCUAGGGAUAUUGUUCUUCUGUUACGCCCUUUUCUCGAUGAUUUUGGUUCCCUGCAUCCUUGACCUACCAAUUACUAGUAAUUUGGGUGAAGGGGGCGGAGUUAUGAUUAUGAGUGUUUCGACGUGGAGGCGAGGAUCCCUUUCUCAUUCUAAAAGCUUGUUUGUGUGUGUGUGUUCCACGCAGUUUCUUGUGGCCAUCGAAAUUAGAAAAGAAUGGAUUUUUUUUUUGGUUCUAUGAUCCAAAUUGGUUUUACUAGUAUAGAUAGAACACGAUUUCUAUACGCCUACUUCCUUUGCUCGCACGGCGGAGGUAAGCUCUUGAUCCCAAUCUAGGGCUUUGUUCUUCUCUUACGCUCUUUCUCCAUUAUUCUGCUUCCCGCAUCCUUGACCUACCAGUCACUUGGAAUUCGGGGUGGGAUUAGAAGCGUUUCGAAGUGGACACGAUUAUCCCUUGUGUUUUUCAAAGUUCGCUUUUUGUGUGUUUGACACAGUUUCUUGCUGGCUUUGAAGUAGUUCUCUUGUUAUAUAUAAGAUGAUAUAUUAAUAACUAAGGAAUUUAUAGUUGCUAAUUUCCAAACAAUAUCUUCAUGCAACAAAGUUGGAUUUCUCUCCCUAGUUAGCUUUUUUGGACUGGAUGAGAUUUGGUUUCUUAAAUAUUUUCAUCUUGUUUUUGUUCAUUCAAAUGUGAUCUACCAACUUGAGACUAUUUGUUUAAUAAUCUGUUUCUUUUUUUUCCUGCUUAACUGUAGCUAUAGAAUAACUCUAUCUCCACAGCAAAUCUACAUAUUGCAUGUGAAGAAUAAGCAAUUACCCUGUGAGGAUUGCACCUUGGCGAUCCCAUUUUCCUAAGAUAUGAGCAGCCAUGAAAACUCUGCAUCAUUGCGGCGACGAUUCCAUAAUGAAGAGGGUGAGGAUGUCAAGAGUGAAACUACUUUUUCUAAUUCUUCUAGUUCUGCUUCUACCAAGGUGGGUGUGCUCAGAUGGUCGGAGAAGAGGGUCUGGACAUUUGCACUCGCAUUCCGAGCUGCUAACGCACUAUUGGUACAGACCUACUUCAAUCCAGAUGAACAUUGGCAGUCUCUUGAGGUUGCCCAUCGCAUUGUCUUUGGGUACGGCCAUCUGACCUGGGAAUGGAAGGAAGGGAUUCGCAGCUACCUCCAUCCUUUGCUCUUUGCUCUCCUCUACAAGAUCUUGGCUUUUUUGCACUUGGACAAACCCUUGUUCAUGGCAAAGGCUCCACGGUUGUUCCAAUCUUUGUUUGCAUCCAUCGGAGAUCUAUACAUGUACAAGCUCUCAAAGAUGAUAUUUGAUGAGCAAGUUGCCAAAUGGGCUCUGUUUUCACAAUUUACAAACUGGUUUAUGUUCUUCUGCAUUACACGGACAUUCUCAAACAGCUUGGAAACAAUGCUAACACUGAUGGGAAUAUUCUAUUGGUUCUCUUCAAAUAGUUCAUCUAAGAAAUUUUCUAUAUCAUCAAGGAUGCUGGGUCUCUUUAUAGCUGCCCUGACAUGUGCAGUUCGGCCGACCAGUGCAAUCACAUGGCAAUACAUUGGAUUAUUGGAUCUGUUUAAGAUGCAGUCUAGAUUCCACUUCCUCUUAUUUGAGGUACUUCCAAUAGGGAGUCUUGUUCUUGCCUUGUCAAGCUUGUUGGAUUGGUGGAUGUAUGAUUCCUUCGUCCUUGUGCCUCUGAACUUUCUUAAGUUUAAUUUUCUUUCAUCCGGUGGGGACUAUUAUGGCACUCACCCAUGGCACUGGUACUUCACCCAGGGAUUUCCUUCCAUGCUUUUAACCUUCUUACCAUAUUCAUUGAUCGGCAUAUUUCGUUCAAAAGAGCGGAGAAUUUCUGGUCUGAUUGCUUGGGUCUUAGGGGUUUACAGUUUUCUUGGCCACAAAGAAUUCAGGUUUGUGCUUCCAGUGCUCCCAAUAGCUUUGAUGUUCUCUGGAUAUUGUUUAGCAGUGAUUGCAAAACCAGAUCGUUCAGGCACAGAAAGUAAAAAAUUCAAGCCUGCCACCAAAUGCCCGUCAAAUGUACAGCUAGCUGUGCUGUUCCUUCUUGUAACUAAUGUUCCAAUGGCUUUAUAUAUGAGCUUGAUUCAUCAGAGAGGAAGCGAAGAUGUUAUGAUUCAUCUGUCAAAAGAGGCAAGCAAGCAGGGGGUGAAGAGUGUUUUGUUUCUAAUGCCUUGCCACUCUACACCUUAUUACUCCACCUUACACCAUGAUCUGCCAAUGCAGUUUUUGGACUGCACACCAAGCUCCAACAGAACAACUUUGGCUGAAUCAGAUUUCUUUUUGAUGGAUCCACAUGCCUUUGCGCUGUCUAUGUUCAAGAACUCAACAAUUUUUCCCAGCCACAUUGUGCUAUUUAGUUCUGAAGAACCAUAUCUUCGAGAAUUGUUGAUCUCAUAUUCCUUUACCGAGGUUAGAAGAUUCUUCCAUGCCCAUUUUAAAGUCGAUAGAGAUCUCCAAGCAUCUGUUGUUGUUUACUCUCAGGCAAUAUCAUGAUCAGGCUCUGUUUUAUUCAUCGGUGGCCUAUCGUCAUUUUUCAGUAGCCAACUUGACGAUCAAUCAUCCAAGUUGUGGUUUCAAGAUUAAAGUCUUUGUAUGAAAUUAUUUUUCUGCAGAUGCAAAGAAGCAAAAAGAAAUGAAAGAACACAUACAAAUGAGGAGAUUCUGCCAUGUAAUUCUCUAGACCUCUCAAUUAUUUUCCAUUUUUUUAGGUUCUUGAUUAAUACAUAUCCUCGUGAUCUUUGGGAACAAA